AUGGAUUCAAUCGUCUUUGUUUCACCAAAUGUAUACAUGUCGUCUGGCUCGCGAAAUUUGUGGCACAGUGACGUCUUGAAGCCAGGUUACAUACCAAUUUUGAGAUCGGACUUGUUGAAGUUUAGAGAUGCCCUUGAUAGAGUUCAAUCAACUUUAGAAGAAGAACAAAACUCAUCUCUGUAUCGAAUACUUGAUCUCGAGACACAGAAGCAGCAGGAACUGGGGAAUGACGUAAAAAUAGGGUCCAAAACUGACCAGGAAGAAAGAAUUGGACGUGAGGGAUCCAAAUUUCAAGAGGUCAAGGCAUUCCUUCCCAUUUCACUGGAACAACAGCUGCACACACUUUCUAUUAUAGAUCUUCCGGGAGAGCAUUCAAGCUUUGAAUUGGAGGGGUUUAUUAAAGCAAUUGAAAGGCUAACGGAGGCUAGAGUUGGCGUGGAAGAUGCAAUUGUGUGUUGGAGCAUUACCACAGGCAUUGACACUCACAGCAUUUUCCUAAGGUGUAAGGCAAUCCCGCAAUUUGGUUUUGUGGUAAAAUACUGGCGGGCGUUAUUGUCUGCCUGGCACGAGACACACAAUGACGUUUGUCCUGAACUUCGGUUUGACGAGAACACCAGCAGGUAUCUCGAAGACCUGAGUCGAAAGGAUUUACCGCAGAAAGAACUUCCACAUGGUGAGGAAUUGGCGCAGGAUGUUGAAGAAAUACAAAUGCAGUUACUAAAAAAUGAUAGCGUUGCUGCAAAAGCUGAGGAUGCGGAUCUGGUAGUGCAGUAUAAGGUUGACGUCUCGACGUUGAGCGAUUUGCCACGGAGUUCGCUGGACCAGCUGUGCAAGGACAUCAUGUACUUCCGGACCCGCGUUCUCACCGCAGAAAAGGAAAAACAUGCUAAGGAAGAGCAGAAUGAGAACCGGAGACGACGUUUGCAUUUAAAGAAGGUCCUCGAACAGAUCAGGAAAAGUCAAGGUAAAGACGAAACCAACCUGGAUGUGGACGAUGACGAAGAAGGUGUAAGUGGUGAAGAAGAAAUAGAAGAGGACGAGCAGGACGAUUGGGUCGUCGAACAGGCUCGCGAAGCUAAAGAACGCCAGGAAUCCGACCGACGCUUCGAGAAAAUGAUUCAGGAUGCUGAAACGGAAAUUAUGGACUUAGCAGCUCUCAAAAAAGCGAUUGGGCGCACUAGGGAUUACGAGAUAUUGCUACGCCAAGAGCGUGGGUCGCAUCUGAGGGAACUGAUGCACAUGGCGGCUGAUCCUUAUUACGACCACCGCCGUUCUUUUAAGGCAGAUGAAGAACGUCGCGACGCAGAGGAUCGCGCUCUGCACCCCGAGGCGACAGUUCCAGCUAUGGACCCAGCUGAUGAAGGCUCAAGCCAGAUACCUGUUGCUGCCGAGACGGCGACUACUGGUCCCGUGCAAGCGCCAUUCAAAAUUGAAAUCACGAAGCCACAGAAAACACAAGCCGAGACACUUGUAUACUCAGAAGAGGAGUUAGAAGCUGCUCUCAACAAAUUGCGCUCCUCCAAGUUGGUCGAACAACUUGUUCAGGAGUUUUUGGGAGAGAGCGAACAAGAUUUGGUCGACUACAUCUUUGACCAUAUUAGCGAGAACAGAAGUAAAAACGCAUUAUGCGAAGAGCUUCGCGACACGUUUGACGAUGAUGCAGUUACGAUCGCGGACAAGAUCUGGAAUAAUUUAUAG